UGAAAAUCUUAAAAAGGGAAGGAAAAGCAUGUCAGGGAAGGAAGCCAGUAGGAAAGCCCAAUUUGCCACCAGCCUGUAGAGCUUUUUUCUCCCCGCCUCUGUGACAUCUCUGAAGUCCAAACUGCUGACAGAUUCCUGAUUCUUCUUCUUCUUAUUAUUAUUAUUAGCUUGUAUAAUUAGCCCAGAGCACAGAAGAAGACUUAGCCGAGAGGUAGAAACUCCACCUUUACUUGGAUAUACGUUCGAAAUCUGGAUUUUUAGUCGGAGAAGACGCACAUCAGGAGGAAAUUCUUGAAAUUCUCUUCAUCUGCUGCGGCCACUACUGAGCUGCACCGGGGAAGGUCAUCAGGUUUAUAACGCAAAAAAGACCACAAAGAAGAUGAGCCUCUCACGGACCGGGACGCUGGAGAAGACGAUGUCUGAGCAAGCCCGCUCCGAAGCACGGUUCUCCUCCAGAUUGGGGUCAGGGGUCGUGGUGCCGCCUCCUUACUCUCACAGAGGGAGCGAAGCCGCUGACCCCCCUGUGGAGUUGAGGGGCUCUCUGGACUGCUGGGCGUGCUCCGUGCUGGUCACUGCACAGAAUAUGAUCAUCGCUCUGAUCAAUUUCAGUCUGGCCAGCAUCUUGUUCGGCAUCAUUCUCACCCCUGCGCUGACCAUGAUCAUAUUCGGCUUUCUCUGCCACUCCACAGUGCAGCCCCAUGGAACAUCACUAUACUGUUCAGACCUGCUGGACGACACAGCCUGCAUAGCCCUGCUGGUGGUGGGCUUUCUGCUGCUCACCCCUCUGCUGGUCUUGGCGCUGGCGGCUUACUGCCGUCUGGCCCGACACCUCCAGCUGGGCCUGUGCUUCAUCCCCUACAGCCGGGCUGUGUACAAGAACCUGCCCACCCAACGCAACCAGAAGCAAGGUCCGGGGAGCUGCUUUAGUCAACAGGAUGCAAUGGAGAGACAGGGGAAGGGUAGCAUCUGGGUGUAGAUGAGAGGAGUGGAGAGGAGGAUUAUAUAUGAUUAUAUUAUCAAGUUUCCUGCUUUAUAACGAAAUCUACUUUUAUAUGUCCUUUUUCUGUAGCCAUUGUAAAAAUCCAUCACAUUUAAUCAUUCAUAUUCAUUGUUUAAGAGUCACAAUUGCGUUUUGAAUACAGUUUCAAUGUAUUUAAUUUCUUUUAUUUUCUUUUUUACA